AUGUGGGUUGCGCCACCCAAGCCGGAUAGUAAAUGAUCCUUUGAAUUUAUUAUAUUAAUAUACAUUGGAGGACCGAUAAAGCACUGGAGAAUUCAUGGAGCUGUUUUUAAAGGCGUGUGAAAGAAUCUGCAGCAGCUGAUGGUCUACUUCGGAGGUUCAAAUAGAUGGUUCAUCAAUGCAGCUUUCAAAAUGAGGCAUGCAAAAAACCAUGGAUCUGUUGGUGGAUUUGGCUGAAGUUUAGAAGUGUUUUGAAAGUUGUGGAGUUUUGUUGAGAUUUGUAUUUUUUAA